CUAUAUAUUCCCCUUAUUUUACUUCCCAUUUGGAUUUACGCGAACUCUGGUGAAACAAGAGGAGCAGUCGACGUUGGAGGCACCUUGGGUGAUGGGCACCAAUAGUGUGCCGCCUUGGGUGAUGGGCGCCAAUGGUGAGGCGCCUUGGGUGAUGGGCGCUGACGAGGCGCUGUUGGUGCUGGGCGAGGCCUAUCUGGUGAUGGGAUGA